CGGCGACACGGCCACGUCGGUCGGUGAGAGGUGACUAAUAAUCUCCAGCCCUUCCUCGCUCCAACGUCCGCGCACCUCUGAUGAAACUUUGUUCGGUCGGGGGUUGAGCGUGCAAAGCCAUGUUUCUCCGUCCCAUGUACAGACCAUGCUGAGUCGCACACGCUUCCGGUGUACCUUCUCGCCGCCACCAUGAUGAAGCGCUCCACGUCUUCCAACUUCCAAGCAUCAAGCAUCAAGAGGCAGCUCGUGUGCCAACGAGCUGACUCCCGUCCGUCACAUUAGCUAGUUACGUGGAUGGGUGACGAUCUCUUCCCCCCGCCGCCGACGACGACGACGACUUUGUCCGCAAUGCACAUGGAUGCAUAUCCCUCCGUCGACUGGUUCAAACAAGUCAGGGAACGUCACCCACAUUCUCGGUGCAUGCAUGCUAUUUUGCGCUCGCACUCGAGUAGUUGAAUAAUAAAGACUGCCAGGGGGCCUGUUGAGUCCUGUCUCAGCACAUGGCUCUUUCCCGUCACAGCUAGACGCCCGAUCUUAGCUGCCUACGAUAAUAAUGGUCAUGUUAUUAACUCAUCUGGCAUCGGCCCAGAUGCCAGCCGAUGCAAUCUCGUCAAAGGCCUCAUCCACCACACACACACUGGCUGAACGAGUGGGUGGAUGAAUGAUGCCGCAACCGCGCUGCUGCAUCAUGUAUGUUUCCAUGUCACCACCCCCUACCAGGUUCCUUCGUUCCACCGCCCCAACCCCACUCGUGUGCAAUCUUUGAACCCACACCGGACGUUGCGCGUCACAUGGUUGCUUGACACGGCAUCCCAAAGCAAAAGCAACCCUUCCCCUCUGUGCAACAUACGCAGAUACGGCCGUGGCCCCACGGGGGGGUGCUCCUCGAAACUUGCAUCCUUCAGGACAGUCCGUCUCACCAACAAAAUCCUCCACCAGCCCCGAUCGCCUGUUGAUUGUCGUGUAUGCCGGGUUUCAGCGCUCUUCGUCCUGCCUGCAGUGUUGGCCUUGAGCCAAUAUUGCCAUUUAGGUGUCUCCACCGCAAACCUGUACAUGCACUCUAUGUACUGCCUGCGACUGCCUAGCUGACCGCCAUGUUCGAUAUUCCUUUUCGCCACGGCCCUACCUGGCCAGCUAUUCACCCGUGAUGCGCCCUCUUCUUGCUCCUGGUCCCGCACAAAUCCUGCAUCACAAUGCGCCCGGGUUCAUUCACCAACUAUCCUGCCACCCAGCCUUUGCAACCGUUCCAGUGAAACAGAUGACCGGGCCUCUCAACCCACCCAAGCGAGCUGCCACAGAUCCGUACGAGCACCAUUACCCUUUGCGUCUCGCUCGCAAGGGACUGCCCACAACUCUGUUUAUUUCACAUGAGCGUUGGCAACCCACGGGCUAUCAUUAGAUUGUCCAUCAUCUUGUUGACACUUCGUCAGCCUGACAUGUUCUAUGACUGACUCUCUAUUUUCGUAUCCAUUUCCGCGCUUCCCGAUGGCUUGUAGAGGCCGCGCUCCACUUGGAUACUAUUGUUUUUUUUUUAUACUUCGGCUGCGAGGACCUGCUAGUAUGCUUUCUUCUCUGAGCGGUACAGAAUCACUAACGAGGUCGUCGUACCAUGCGUUGCACAGCCACUACAAUGAACACCAAAUACUUCUCAGGGGGAGAGGGGCACUAUCGAUUAAGAGCAAGCACCUCGGCCGAAUCAAAACCCACCGCUGCCCGCUCCCAGUGACAGACCCCGUUCAAUCUAAUGUAAUAACCACUCCCUCGACAGCGUCUCAUCCGCUCU